AUGAAGAGCCUCUUCAGCAGAUUUGUGGAACAAAACCCUCCAGGCGGCUUUGCGUCCACCCAAGCAGUACCCUCCAAAACCAACCAAGACAAAGCCAUCGCUGCUCAAGCUCAGGCAUACCAGGAAGAAGAACAGGGACUGGGCGGGGUCGACUUCCCCGAGUCCCUCGGCGACACCCGCAAGUUGCAGGUCCAAUACGACGGUUACUGGAAUCUGCACACGACCAUCCGCGUUACGACCGCCGAUAACCUCGACGUACCCACCGAGCUGUACACGGUCGACGCCCGCCACCGCAAACCUCAAAUGAGAAUCCGGUCGCCGGCACGCAACGUCGAGGUCGCGACCGUCGUCUUCCACUUCACCAAAACGCGCAUCGACGUGACGUUGCACGGUCAGCAGUUCUCGCUCGAGUCUGGCCGCAUGAACACACGAUACUCGUACACGUCCGGGGCAAUGGGCGGGGAGAAACUGACGUGGCAGCCGCGCAAGAAGCUCGACCCGCUGAACAUGGUGCUGUUGAAUGGGCGGGGAGGUGCGAUCGCCAGGUUCAAGCCCGAGUACUGGGGGUCGAAGCGUGGUGGGGUUCUGGAGUUGUUGCCCGAGUGUUGGACGACCGACGCCAUGAUGGAGGAGGUGCUGGUCGUGGCCCUCGCCGUCAUCCACUGGAGGGAGACGCAGAGAAUUAGUGCGGCGAACUCGUCUGUGUCAGCAUAA